AUGACGAAACCGACAAAGCCAAAGUUGCCCGCGAAGCAGCUGGCCAUUCUGGCUAAUUCGAUUACAGCCGUUGCGCGGUUUGCGGAGCCUCUCGCCCUCACAUCCGUCUUCCCAUACCUGCCCGAGAUGAUUCGCAGUUUCGGCGUGGAACAGAACGACGUCGCAAAAUGGGCCGGUAUCACGUCCGCCGUGUUCUCGCUUUCACAGAGUGUAACUGCGGUACCGUGGGGUAGAGCUUCUGAUCGAUUUGGAAGAAAACCAACCAUCAUCGUCGGCCUGCUAUCAACAAUGUUCUUCUUCUGUGUUUGGGGUGUUUCAACAAGUCUGCCCAUGGCCAUCACUGUGAGAGCUAUUCUCGGAAGUGGUAACGGAAAUGUUGGUAUCAUCCGCACCAUGGUUGCAGAGAUGGUGCCAGAAAAGGAACUACAACCCCGUGCAUUCUCGAUUAUGCCUCUCAUCUGGUCCGUUGGCUCCAUCUUCGGCCCGGCGUUUGGCGGGUUCUUUGCCAGACCAGCCGACCGCUUCCCCGCUGUCUUUGGCGGUAGCUGGUUUUUCAAGGCGUAUCCCUUUGCCUUGCCAAACUUCAUCGCUGCGGUCUUCUUCUUCAUCUCAGUCACGACCGCCACUCUCUUCCUCAAGGAAACGCUCGAGAGCAAGCGACACAAGCCCGACUGGGGACUCCUGAUGGGCGAACGCAUCACUCGCUCGUUCCGCCGCUCUCGUUAUCACCAUCAUCACCAUGCUAGAGCUCGACGCACCUCGUUUGUUGACGGCGAGGCUACCGCACCCCUGGUGCCUCACAAGACUCCCCCAACACAUCCGGUCGAUGACAACAAGGCUCUGGAGGCACCCAGCAUGAAGGAGGUUUUCACUGCUCAGACGAGUAUCAACUUGCUUUGCUACACCUUCCUCGCCCUCCACUCCGUGGCCUUUGAUCAGGUUCUGCCAGUGUUCCUAAACUACCCCAAGCAGGUGCACACCCCGGAUAACACGAACCUACCCUUCCAAUUUUCUGGUGGCUUUGGCCUCGACUCUGGCCGCAUCGGUACCAUUUUCACCAUCUAUGGCAUCACUUGCGGCGUGAUCCAGUUUUUCGUCUUCCCACCUCUGUGCAACUACUUUGGUGUCCUGCGUUGUUUCCGCGCAUGUGCCGUGACUUUUCCCAUCGUCUACAUUCUGGCCCCUUAUGUGGUCCUCUUCGAGAGCACUGCAGGGCGCUAUACCGCUCUCUUGAUAGUCAUGUUCGUCAAAGCCUGUGCCGUAAUCAUUGGCUUCCCGUGCAUGACCAUCCUCCUGACCAACUCGGCCUCUUCGCUCCGUAUCCUGGGUACCCUCAACGGCUUCGCGACUAUGUUCAGUGGAUUCGGCCGUGCUUUCGGUCCCGCCGUUGCGGGUGCCGCUUUCAGCUGGGGUGUUGCCAGAGGCUAUGUCAUCACCGCUUACUGGUUCCUCGCGCUCACUGCCAUCAUUGGAGCCAUCCCCAUCUACAUGCUGGUCGACUACGAUGCUCUGACUCAGACCCCUGACACGAGCGAUGACGAGGAUGAGAGUGUUAGCGAUGAGGGCUACGCCAGCGAAGGCAGUGCUGUUGCUUCUGGCAGUGGACAGGCCACCUCGAAUGAAACGGCGCCUUUGUUGAGUGCUAAGAAUGGGGCACCGGGAUACGAUUCCGUCAGUCCCACGCGGUCUUGA